AUGGAUAACAAACAGAUGCCAGGUCAAGGAGUAAUGGAUAGGUUUCCUGAUGAUAUAAUAGCUCAGAUUUUGAUCAGGUUACCUGUCAAAUCAAUUCACCGUUUCAAAUGCGUUUCGAAAGUCUGGAAUUCCAUCAUCAAGAAUGGUCGUUUUGUAUCUUCGUAUAUCUCACUUCAUGGGCCUUCAUGGGUUAUUUUGGUUCGUAUGGUUCGAGUAGACACCAAGUCAAAUGCAAGGGUAACUCAGUUUGAUCUCCAAUACCCCCCGGAAGUGAGCUUCUUCCAAAUUGCUCCUUAUCAAAUGGCUGAUGAACCAUUUCUGGAAUCUGUAGAUGGAAAGCACCCAACCAACCCGCUCACUGGUGAGUGGGUCCCAAUUCCGAAGCCUCCUUAUGCCGUUUUGCACGGGGGUGCUGUUGGGUUUAUUUCUCAGGUUGACUCAACUGGGAUUUUUGAGAGGUUUCUAGUUGUUGAAUAUCACCACUUAAUGGGUCAAAUGUUGCUACUUUAA